UGUAUCUGGUCAAGAUGCAUCGUGAAUUAUUCAUGGUCUCCUCGGAUAUGUUGACGCAGUGUCAUUUCAAUUACAUGGAAGAGAGCGUACCGGUCGCCUUAGAGGAGCUUGGGUCCGAGCUGAAGCAGGACUGGCGGGGAUACCUUUAUGCCUGUACCACCGCUUUGUUGAAGGAGGCGCGUGAAAAGAGCCGUGGAUGGGUCACAGUCAACAACCCUGCCGAUAGUACAGUAGAGAUGGCUUAUAAGAAAGUCGGAGACGGACAUCCUCUACGAUUAUGGCGAGUAUCGACCGAAGUGGAGGCUCCGCCGAACGAGCUUCUCCAUCGUGUUCUGAGAGAAAGACACAUCUGGGAUCCGCAAUUGUUGAAGUAUCGACUGGUUGCCAAGCUGGACACCAACGUGGAGGUCUUCCAAUACGCCACCGGGAAUAUGAGUCCACUUCCCGCCCGGGAUUAUUGCGUGCUAAGAUCCUGGCGGAACGAUCUCCCCAAAGGGGCUUGCGUUAUCGUAGAGACGUCCGUGGAACAUCCGGACGCUCCUGUUAUGCUUGGCGGAACACGCGGCAUUGUUUUGGCGUCGCGAUAUCUUAUCGAACCUUGCGGUAGUGGUAAAUCACGGAUCAUGCACCUGUCCAGAGUGGACACGAAAGGACGCACUCCAGAAUGGUACAACAAGAGCUACGGCCACCUCGCUGCCCUCCACCUGAGCAAAAUUCGCAACUCCUUCAAGCACACAACCGACGGCCCCGAGAGCAAAGUCUGAGAGGAGGCCACCGUGCAACGAUCCCCGUUGCACGGUCCUUACACGACUUUGCAAGAUCAGGAGGCGCAUGAUCAGCAUCAGGACCUCAGGAUCGAGCUGCGACAAG